CGUUCAUUUCAUUCCUGCUCUCAUUCCGAGCAUUCUUCGCAUCUCUCUCGGUGCGGCGGAGAUUCCCGUUCACAUUCCCGGCCGGCCCCAAAACACAAGAAUAACUUUACACAGUUCGCAAACAACUAUACAAACCCACAGUAGAACAAAACAAAGGGGCCGAACUUAAAUGUUGAUAUAAAUAAAGCGGACGUUAAGUUGGCUACGCCGCACAUUUCGGAGCGGAGCACAAAUAUAGCGCGGAGAGAGACUUGUUGCUCGCGUAUCUUUGGCGUUUAUUCCCCAGCUUCGGUUCACAUCUCAUCCGAUUCACCCUAGUCUGCUCCAGGCUUCGGCUUGGAGGUCCCAACCGCCGCCAUUGAUCCCAGCAGCUGGAGUGGCAGUGAAAGCUCUGCCGAGGAUAUUGAGAGGAUGAGCGACUCAGCAGACAAGCCCAUUGACAACGAUGCAGAGGGGGUGUGGAGUCCUGACAUAGAGCAGAGCUUUCAGGAGGCACUGGCCAUCUACCCGCCCUGUGGACGCCGCAAAAUUAUCCUCUCGGAUGAGGGCAAGAUGUAUGGUCGGAAUGAGCUGAUUGCCAGAUACAUUAAACUCAGAACUGGGAAGACAAGGACACGGAAACAGGUGUCUAGUCACAUACAGGUCUUAGCAAGAAAGAAAGUUCGAGAAAUCCAAGCUGCCAUCAAGGUGUCUAGUCACAUUCAGGUUCUUGCCAGAAGGAAAUCUCGCGAAUUUCAUUCCAAGCUAAAGGUGACAAGCAUGGAUCAGAGCGUGAAGGACAAAGCUCUUCAGAGUAUGGCCUCCAUGUCCUCAGCCCAGAUCGUCUCUGCCACUGCCAUCCACAACAAGCUGGGUCUUCCGGGCAUCCCACGUCCUGCCUUCCCCGGAGCAGCAGGGUUUUGGCAGGGCAUGAUAUCCACGGGCCAGCCUGGAUCCUCACAAGACAUCAAGCCAUUUGCUCAGCAAGCAUACCCCAUCCAGCCAGCAGUCACAACUACAAUCUCAAGUUAUGAUCCGCCGACAGCGCCGGCGCCCACAGUGCCCGCCUGGCAGGGACGAUCUGUCGGCACAUCUAAACUCAGACUGGUGGAGUUCUCCGCUUUUCUGGAGCACCAGAGAGAUCCAGAUUCUUAUAACAAGCAUCUUUUCGUGCACAUCGGUCAGACAAAUCACUCUUACAAUGAUGCCUUGCUUGAGUCAGUGGACAUUCGUCAGAUUUACGACAAAUUUCCUGAGAAGAAGGGAGGGCUGAAGGAACUGUUUGGCAAGGGUCCUCAGAAUUCAUUCUUUCUCAUAAAGUUUUGGGCUGACUUGAACUGCAACAUUCAGGACGAAGCUGGGGCCUUCUAUGGAGUGAGCAGUCAGUACGAGAGCCCGGAGAACAUGACCAUCACCUGCUCCACGAAGGUUUGCUCGUUUGGCAAACAGGUCGUGGAGAAAGUGGAGACAGAGUAUGCUCGCUUUGAGAACGGACGCUUUGUUUACCGGAUAAGUCGAUCUCCGAUGUGUGAAUACAUGAUCAACUUCAUCCACAAACUCAAACACCUUCCUGAGAAAUACAUGAUGAACAGCGUCCUGGAGAACUUCACCAUCUUAUUGGUGGUAACAAACAGAGACACACAGGAGACCCUGCUGUGCAUGGCCUGUGUGUUUGAAGUGUCAAACAGUGAGCAUGGAGCCCAGCAUCACAUCUACAGACUAGUGAAGGAAUGAAGCAGCUCUUUCACACAGACUCUGGACCUCAGUACAGUGGCAGUGCCUCUAGCUCAGCACUCACUCACAUCACAUUUGGGUGAUGCGUAUAAUUAUUAUAUAAAUAUAUAUAUAUAUUUUUUUUCUUCGUUAUUAAUAUGUGCUUGACAUUUAACUGCAGCUGUGAAUCAUGGUACAGUUGUAUUAUGUUUUAAUACGGGAAAGAAUGUCAAAGAAUCCCGAAUUAACAUUAAUUCAUAGACUACACAUAUAAAGUGACAGUAUCAUUCAACUUAAAGGUUAGGUUGAGUUAGAAUCUAUCUGAAAACGACCUCAUUCUGAUUUUUUUAACUCGAAAGUGUAAACAUCUGAAAGUAAAUGGGCGAAUGGGUGCCGCCAUAAAUGUGACCCUGGAGCACAAAUCUGGUCAUAAGUAGCACAGGUAUAUUUGUAGCAAUACCCAACAAUACAGUGUAUCGGUCAAAAUUAUAGAUUUUUCUUUUAUGCCAAAAAUCAUUAGGAUGUUAAGUAAAGAUCAUUUUC